AUGGAAAUGCAUCCCAACAAAAGACAAGGUUGGUCUUUUUUCCUGUAUCUCUGCAUGUGUGGGGCAGUAUGCGAAUCCUUCCUGUAUAUAAUGCCAGAGGAAAAGAAGCCUUCGUCUCUGGUGGCAAACGUGCUAAAGGAUUUGAAAGUGGAUGUAAAGGAGCUGACUGCUCGUGGGGGGCGGCUGGUUUCUAAAAGCACCAAGCAAUAUUUCCAGCUGGAUCCUCACUCUGGGAAUGUAUUAUUGAAGGACAGAAUAGACCGAGAGGCCUUGUGUGGUCAGAAGGACCCUUGUGUCUUACUCUCAGAGAUUGUGCUGGAAAACCCAUUGCAAGUGCACAGAAUGGAGGUUGAAAUACAGGAUGUGAAUGACAAUUCCCCCCAAUUCUCUAAAAAGGAAUUCCUUCUGGAAAUACCCGAACAGACUCCUCUGAAUACCAGAUUCCCAUUGGAGAGGGCUAAAGAUGCAGAUAGAGGAGAAAAUACUGUUCAGAACUAUAUACUUAGUUCAGAUGACCAUUUUAGACUGGACGUGCAAAGUCACGGUGAUGGGAGCAAAUAUGCAGAAUUAGUACUGGAGAAAGAGUUGGACCGUGAAGAGAAUGCACAAUCUUUCUUGAUUCUGUCAGCUAUUGACGGAGGGACCCCAAAGAGAACAGGCACAGCAAAGAUUAUAAUUCAUGUUCUGGACAACAAUGAUAACGUCCCUCAGUUUCAUCAAUCUCUGUACAAAGUGAAAGUAAUGGAAAACAGCCAGCCAAGUACACUUGUAGCUAAAGUUGAAGCAACCGACAGGGAUUUUGGUUCCAAUGCGGACAUCAUGUAUUCCUUUGGCGAGGUACCAGAAAAUGUGCUCAGGUUUUUCAAGUUAAACAAACAGACUGGGGAACUUAUUGUUGCAGGAACCAUUGAUUAUGAAGAAGAUAAAAAUUAUGCCAUGGACAUAAAAGCCACAGAUGGAGGGGGGCUCUCUGCUCACUGCAAAGUCAUUGUAGAGGUUGAGGACAGGAAUGACAAUGCCCCAGAGGUGACAGUAACAUCCAUCACCAGCCCCUUUCCGGAAGAUUCCCCCCAAGAUACUGUCGCGGCCGUCUUCAGUGUUACUGAUCAAGACUCUGGAGAUAAUGGCAGAACUUCCUGCUCCAUUGAGGCAAACCUGCCCUUCAUGUUAAAGGCCUCAGAGAAUAACUAUUACCAGCUGGUGACCCAGCAACCCCUGGACCGAGAAAGAGUCUCAGAGUACAACAUCACCAUCACAGCUACCGACAAAGGCUCUCCCAGGCUUACUUCAACAAGAAUAAUUAACAUCCAGAUCUCAGAUGUCAAUGACAACUCUCCAAUAUUUGAAAAGUCGUCAUAUGAAAUGCAGUUACAGGAAAAUAAUAUUCCAGGUCUGCUGAUAGGUUUGGUCCAUGCCAAGGACCUGGACAUGGAGCAGAAUGCCAAACUGACUUACUCUCUUUUGCCUGGGAAGGUCAGUGAUCAACCUGUGUCCUCUUACGUCUCCAUCAACUCUGAGACUGGGAAUCUGUAUGCCAUCCGAUCUCUGGACUAUGAGCAGGUAAAAGAUUUCCAGGUGACCGUGAGGGCUGUUGACAGCGGUUCUCCUCCCCUGAGCUCUGAAGUUAUGGUCCGACUUGUUGUCAUGGAUGAAAAUGAUAAUGCCCCGUUCAUCCUAUAUCCUCUUCAGAAUGGCACUUCCCCAUCCAAUGACCUGGUUCCGAGGGGGGCUGAGGCUGGCUACCUGGUCACCAAGGUGGUGGCAGUGGACAGAGAUUCCGGUCAGAACUCUUGGCUUUCCUAUGAGCUCCUGAAGGCCACAGAACCAGGUCUGUUUAGUGUGGGGGCCCAGAACGGAGAAGUGAAAACCAUGAGACCCAUUAAUAAAAGAGACAGCUUCAAACAGAAACUUAUAAUCGGAGUCAGAGACAACGGUCACCCUUCCCAGUCCACCUCUGCAACGCUGAGCAUUCUGCUAGUGGAUGGCUUCUCUGACCCUUAUAUGAAAAUUGUGGAUACUCCGAAGGAGGAAGUGGUGGAGGAGGAAGACCGUAACCUGACUAUGUAUCUGGUCAUAUGUUUGGCUGCCAUCUCAUUCGUAUUUCUCAUUUCUGUCGUGGUGUUUAUUGCCAUCAAGAUUCAGAAAAGAAGAAAGUUCAUAGAAAGCUCUGCCCUGAAUUUCCCACUGGGACCGAAUUUCCCAGAGAACUGUGGAGAUGCUGAUGAUGGAUCUCUUUCCCGGGCAUACAACUAUGAGGUGUGCUUAGCUGGUGGUUCUCUGAACAGCGAGUUCAAGUUUCUUAGGCCUGUCUUUCCGGUGUUUUCUCUGGGGCCUGUUCAAAAUCAGGGGGACUCAAGGACUUCCAGUCAUCAUACAGAAGAUCAAAUCAGGUGUCAGGUGAGAAGAAUCGAUUUAACAUAA